CAUCCUUUUCUUUGUUGAGAGUACCAACAAAACCUUGUGUAACACGAUCCUCAUCUCCAUCCAAGAAGAAUGAGCGAAACCCCAACCUUUAUUGUUCCUUCACACAAAGAAUCCUGCACAGCUGGUAUUCUUUGGCAGGGCCUCAAAUGUGUCCUUAAUAGUCUCUCACGCCUCCCAUUCUUCACUCUGCUUCGGAUGAACAUAAACACCUGAUCAGCUGUUAAUAUUCUCUCAGAGACACUCAGAGAGAGACGACGAUGGCUUCCAUGGCAAUGCAGAUGGCAGGAUGCGUCCUGGCCCUUUUUGGCUGGAUCGGGGUGCUCAUUGUCUGUGGCACACCCAUGUGGCGGGUCACUGCCUUCAUUGGCAACAACAUAGUGACAUCCCAAGUCAUGUGGGAGGGCAUCUGGAUGAGCUGCGUGGUCCAGAGUACGGGACAGAUGCAGUGUAAGGUGUACGACUCCAUGCUGGCUCUGAGCACUGACCUGCAGGGGGCCCGCGCUCUGGUGGUGGUUUCCAUCGUCGUAGGCCUCGCGGGGAUCCUCAUAGCUUUCGCCGGUGGAAAGUGCACAAACUUCAUACCAGAGGAGAGGGCCAAGGCGAGGGCUUCUGUGGCAGCAGGUGUGUUGCUGAUCAUCAGUGGAAUCCUCUGCAUCAUCCCCGUUUCAUGGACUGCCAGCAUCAUCAUAAGGAAUUUCUACAACCCUGUACUAGUGGACGCCCAGAAAAGAGAGCUCGGGGCCACUCUUUACAUCGGCUGGGGGGCCGGGGCGCUGUUGGUCUUGGGAGGAGCGCUUCUGUGUGCCAGCUGUCCCCACAAAGAGGACGAGGCCCCCUCUGUGAAGUAUCUCCUAAACCAGCCUGGAGGAUACAGCAAAGAUGACUCAUACCGGUCUAACACCCCGACAAAGACAUAUAUUUGAGAGUUCUAAAGGGACAAAGAGAAGUCUGGUGGAUGUUUUUGUCUCCGAGAAGUGAAGGAAGCUUGGACUUUAAUCAGAUGCUGUGAAACAUCAAGAAAAAGGACAUACACCCACAAUGAAGGAAAUAUGCACUUUGUCCUGUAAGAGCAACACACUGUUGUAUAAAUAUGCUCUCUGUUUGAAUAUUGAUGUUACUCUUGGUGAUGAACAUCUAUGAGGUGAUAGUUUAUUAAAUUAUAGAAACUGUGUUUUACAUGUUUGGAAAAGUGGUUAAAAAAUCUUUUUGUAAUUGCACUUUGCACCGUUUUGUCCUUUGAUAUUUGUGAUUCUGUUUUUUUCACAAUAAAUGACCUUCUGUUGUAGGA